UCCUCCUCCUCCUCCUCCUGCACCCCCCAGGAGCCCCCGCACAGGGCCCGGCCGCCCUCGGAACGCUAGACCUGCAGAUCGAUGAGGAGCAGCCGGCGGGGACGGUCAUCGGGGACAUCAGCGCGGGGUUGCCCCCUGGGACGGCCAGCUACAUGUACUUCAUCUCCGCCCAGGAGGGCAGCGGCGUGGCCACCGACCUGGACAUCGACGAGAACACGGGCAUCAUCAAGACGGCCCGGGUGCUGGACCGCGAGAGCCGCCCCCACUACAGCUUCAUUGCCGUCACCCCCGAGGGGGCCACCGUAGAGGUGCGGGUGCAAGUGCUGGACAUCAACGACCACGCCCCCGCCUUCCCCCGUCCCCGGGCCACCAUGCGAGUCCCUGAGAACACCCCACCGGGUAGCCACUUCCCCUUGGAGCCGGCCUUUGACGCGGACGGCGGGGCGCUGGGCACCCAGGGCUAUCUGCUCAAAGGCGAAGGAGCCGGCAAGGCCUUCCGGAUGGAGACCCGGCGCGGCCCAGAGGGUGCUCUACAGCCAGAGCUGGUGGUGGCGGGGGCCUUGGACCGGGAGACCCGGGCACGCUACUCACUCCACCUGGAAGCCUUCGAUGGUGGGUCCCCCCCUCGCAGCUCCCAGAUGGCUCUGGAGGUGCAGGUGGAGGACGUCAACGAUAACGCCCCAGCUUUCAACCAAAGCCGCUACCAGGCCCUGAUCCCGGAAAACCUGCAGCCUGGGAGCAGUGUCCUGCGGGUCUUUGCCUCCGACGCGGAUGAGGGAGAGAAUGGCGCCGUAGUGUUCGAGAUCAACCGCAGGCAGAGCGACCCCGAGCGGUACUUCGCCAUCGACGCCGCCACAGGGGUCAUCCGGCUCAAUCGGGGUCUGGACUAUGAGCUGCGGAAGGUGCACGAGCUGGUGGUGCAAGCGCGGGACCGGGCCCUGCACCCGGAGGUCUCCACAGCCUUCGUCACCAUCCAGGUGCGGGACUACAAUGACAACCAGCCCACCAUGACCAUCAUCUUCCUCAGCGAGGACGGCUCCCCACGUGUCUCGGAGGGCGCCCAGCCGGGGCAGUUCGUGGCCCGCAUCUCCGUCUCAGAUCCGGACUACGGGGAGUACGCCAACGUCAACGUCUCGCUGGAGGGUGGCGAGGGCAAGUUUGCGCUCACGACCAAGGACAGCAUCAUCUACCUGAUCUGCGUGGACCAGAUGCUGGACCGGGAGGAGCGGGACGCCUAUGCGCUGCGAGUCACGGCCACCGAUGCUGGGACGCCCCCGCUGCGGGCCGAGUCGGCCUUUGUGCUUCGAGUGACCGAUGUCAAUGACAACCCCCCUUUGUUCGACACCCAGGAGUAUGAGCAGAGCGUCCCCGAGGUGGUCUACCCUGGGAGCUUUGUGCUGCAGGUGACAGCGCGCGACAAGGACCAGGGCCCCAACGGGGAGGUCCGCUACAGCCUCCUGCACACCCAGGAGACCCACUCGCACUGGUUCACCAUAGACGCCGCCACCGGCAUCAUCACGACUGCCUCGGCCCUGGACUACGAGGUGGACCCCCAUCCCCAGCUGACGGUGCUGGCCACGGACCGGGGGAUGCCCCCGCUCUCCUCCACAGCCCUGGUCCGGGUGGCCCUGCAGGACGUCAAUGACAACGAGCCCCUCUUCGAGAGCAGUUUCUACAACGUCUCCCUCAAGGAGGACACCCUCCCCGGCACCUGCUUCCUCCAG